UAUACACACACAAUAAUUUUGUGCAUAAGUGUUAAUCGAAUAAACGAAAAGAUAAAGUUAAUUAGAUUCUCAUAGUUCGUUCGUAUAAAGGAAACGUAUAAGUAUAAAAUUGUGUCUUUCUUGUUUCUGAACUGUUCGUUUAUUGCGAAUUAAAUAAAUAAACGUGAAUAUAAACAAUUAAGGAAGUUAUACACGUACCAUACAUAUUACAUACAUACAUACAUACAUACAUACAUACAUACAUACAUACAUACAUAUCCGUAUAAUCAGUGAGAAAAUGUCCGACGUAGAAAAUAAAAUCAAAGAACAUUUCAAGGCCCUCGUACCUAAAUUGAUGAGUUAUCUGCGCGAUGAUUAUUACAAAUACGAGUACGAGUUGGAACGACCAAACGAUUCUAUAUUUUUCUCCGGUACAUUUUAUAUGAGGAUAAAGUUUUGGAUUAAUGAUAAUAACGAUUUCCAAAAUAAGAAUAAAACGAAUAAGAAUAAGGAGAAAACAAUAAUCAUGCGAUUAGUCGCAAAGACGCCAAUAACGACCGAGGCAGUGCAACAGUUAAUGAGAGCGAACGAUCAAUUUUACAACGAAAUUAUUUUCUAUCGUAAUUAUGCAACGGAGGGCGAUAAUAUUCCAAAAUGUUAUUACACCAACGAGAAUGAUCUCUUCGGAGCGACCUUGGUUUUAGAAGAUAUAACUACUAAAGGUUAUAAGAUACAUCCGAAAAAGGUCGAUAUACCGUUAGACGAUAUUCUUCCUGUUAUGAAAGAAAUCGCUAGAUUUCACGCGAAGGGAUACGUCAUGAAGGAAAAACAUCCCGAAAAAUUUGUUGGAUUUAUCGAAACAAUCAAGGAAUGCCGAUACGACGCUAACGAUAACGAUCCGAACAGUCAUUAUGUUUAUUUAUUAAAUCACGUUACCUGUAGGCCCAUAAAUUAUUUGCGAAAAAUUAAUUACGACAAUAAUUUUUGCGAUAAACUCGAGGAAUGUUUGAAAAACGCUUAUCGUAAAAUAUUAUUGAAAACUAUCGAACCAGUCGAACCAUUGGCGGUAUUAUGUCACGGUGAUCUUACGAUUAAUAAUAUGUUAUUUAAAAAAGAUGAGAAAGACACGCGAGUGAUGCUGAUCGAUUUCGCUUUAAUCCGAUAUGGAUCGCCUGCGAUCGAUCUUUCGACGUUUCUUUGUCUCUCUUGUUCGAAUCAAGUCAAAUGCGAGAACUUACCAAUAGUAUUGAGGACCUAUCACGAUGAAUUAACGAGAUGUCUAAAGGAGAACGGUCUUACGAAUUUAGAGAAAUAUUCAUUCGAAGCAUUUUGGAACGAUUACGUCGAACAUGCAUUAUUUGGUUACACCGUAUGCUCUUACUUUUUACAUACGCUUAUGAACGAAGAUCUUCCACCAUUACCCGACAUCUUGAAUAAGAAGAUGGAAGACUUAGCGAACAUAGUCAUCGAAUCUGGCGGUGAUAAAAUCACGAUAGCUUUGGCAAACAUUUUAAUCGAUUUGAAGAAACUCGGAUGUUUCAACAAAAUUUUGUCAUAAUUCUAUCGAAUGUUUCGAAAUACUAAUUGAUUGUUUGAUUAAGUGAUAAGAAUUAUGUGAUAAAAUGUGUUUGUCAAUGUAGUAGAUAACAAUGAGAGGGAGAUGAUGAUAUCGAUAAUUGAUAAUAUGUCCGUCAAGAACUCUAGCGUCAAGAAUUUUUCACUAUGUUUGUCGUACUUUUUUUAAGGUGUUUUUUUUUUCUUCCUUUUUCUUUUUCUCUCUUUUAUUACUACUCGUUGAGAAAAAUGUUCGGAGAGAGUUUCACGAAGGGGAUAAUAAAAAGAAUAAAAAAGAAAAAAGCAAAGACCAAAUAAAAUUAGAAUCUUUUACAAAUUUUUAUUAUAAAAAAGUAUCGAUAUUCGCCAAUCUACUUUUUUGUCGUAGAGAAAGAUAGAGAGAGAAGGAAAAUGAAGACUUCAAACAAAAAAAAAAAAUAGAAAAAGAAAAAAAAAAAGAAAAAACUCGUUUAAAAGUUGACGGCCACGUCUAUCGAAUACAUCGAACAAAGCGUUUUACCUUCGGGAUCAAAGUAAAAAAGGAGAAGUUUGAGGACGCGCAAAAAUUAUUAUUCUUUCGAACGUAGCGAUAGAGGAGACUCAAGUUGGUAUCUGCCUUUCAAAUAAAGGCGUACCCGUGCUUUACCACCGUGGUUACCACCGUGCUUCGAGGAAAAAAAAAUAAAAGAAAAAAAAUAAAAAAAAGAACUUUGUCAUUUCCAUAUAUUUUUCCGCGUGCGUCUUGGCGCGCGCGACUCGUAGGAAAUUCGUUUAUCACGUCGUAGCCUGAAUUUCAAACGGGCUUACCUCCCUUCCCGCCCGUCAAAAAUUUCCUUUACCUUUUGCUAUGAAAAAAUAAAAAAAAUAGAGAGAGAGAGAGAGAGAGAGAUAGAGAGAAAGAGAGAGAGAGACAGUGCAACUCCUCGUUCAAUUUUCUUACCUCUUAUGUACGAUCAUAUUUGCGAACGAGUUGAGAUAAACGAUAAGAAGUAAAAAAUAUAUGAGUUUGAGAGACAGAGAGAGAGAGAGAGAGAGAGAGAGAGAGAGAGAGAGAGUGAAUGCAUUUAAGAUUAGACAUCAACAAGGGUGAAUAUUAACGUGUAACGAUUUUAAUUGUAAAAGUGUUGGUAACUUAUCGUGAAGUUUAGCUACAAUUGUAAUACACGUAGAGAAAACACGAAAAAGCACUUUCGCGAGAAAAUUUCAUUACAUCGUAGAAAAUCGAAAGUAUUAUAUGUCUGUAUGUAAAUAUGUAUAGAUAUAUGCGUAGUAUAGAUACUUACUUAUGUACGUAUACGGACAUAAUAUAUAAUAUAUAAUAGAUAUAUUAUGUAUGGAGGUGCAUUCUGGUGUAGCCUUCAAGCGUGGUAUCAUAUUCCAUAAAAUCGAGUCUACGUGGUGGAUACAUGCAUACAUACAUAUAUGCAUAGAUUCGUACGUACGUAGUUGUACGUACGUACGUACUUAUAUAUUGAAUGCAAUUUAUACGAGGUUGCAUCGAUCGACGUGAUAUCGAUAUCACAAUAACGAGGAAUUGUUCCUAAUGAGAGAAAUUGGAUAUACACGUUGUAGAUACUUAGAAUAUCAUCGUAGAUAGAUUCAAGGGAGACUGAUUUAUGAAGAUUAUUAAUAUUAAUAUAAUAUUGAUUUUAUGAUUAUUCAAUAUAAUUAUUCUAUAUAUUUAU